AUUUGGGCUUUCUGUCUCAAUCACAAUGUUGAUAUGGUAAAUAAAUGGUUCCCCAACUCGUGUGCUGUAAGAGGCUGAGACUUUUGGAGAAAAAGGAAUGACCUUUGCCGUUUCCGGUUUCGGUAAUUUUCCCGCCAAUCAGAUACGAGCUUUGGCGCCAAUUCACAAAGCAGCCUAUGAUCAUAUCAUUAGGGUAAGAGGCCAUUCCUUCGCCGUCGCUAAUCCCAAGGGAGCAGCAAUGGGUUCCAGAGCUGCCACCAAAAACAAAACCCUACUGGAUAUCUUCCAACCCACGACCCGAUCCGCCAAACGCUUCAAAACCGAUUCUUCCACCCCCAAAUCCGAUGACGCCAUCACCGAGCCUUCUUCUUCUUCUUCUUCUUCUCCGUCAGCCCUCACCCCCGAGCAGAAGUCACGCAUAGAAUUCCAGAAGCUGCUGGCCAAAGCGAAACGCAACCGCACUAUCUGCUCCGGCAGAGUCUCCGAUUCCAAGGCCAGAGGUGAAGGAGUGAAAUUGGAGGAGCUAUUGGUGGAGGACACGUGGCUGACGGCGUUGCCUUCUGAGCUUAAGAAGCCCUACGCCGUCAACCUCAGCAAGUUCGUUGAGAGUGAGAUUUCCGGCGCCGGCGGUGGUGGUGUUCCGAUAUAUCCGCCGAGUCACUUGAUCUUCAAUGCUCUGAACUCCACCCCUUUUGAUCGGGUCAAGGCUGUCAUUUUGGGCCAGGACCCGUAUCAUGGGCCGGGUCAGGCUAUGGGUCUGUCCUUCUCUGUUCCACAAGGAGUGAAGGUCCCAUCGAGCCUGGUUAAUAUAUUCAAGGAGCUUCACAAAGAUGUUGGCUGUUCAAUUCCAUCUCAUGGAAAUCUAGAAAAAUGGGCUGUUCAGGGUGUUCUGUUGCUCAAUGCUGUUCUCACCGUUAGGGAUCAUCAGGCCAACUCUCAUGCAAAGAAAGGAUGGGAACAAUUUACCGAUGCUGUUAUCCAAACGAUUUCAAAAAAGAAGGAAGGAGUUGUUUUCCUCCUGUGGGGAAACUCCGCACAGCAGAAAUCCAGGUUAGUUGAUGUGUCGAAGCAUCACAUUCUUAGAGCGGCACAUCCUUCCGGUUUAUCUGCAUACAGGGGCUUCUUUGGCUGCAGGCAUUUUUCUCGCACGAACCAGCUUCUCAAGGAGAUGGGUAUUCCCCCGAUCGAUUGGCAACUUUGAUCUGCAAAGUCAUCUCACCUGGCAGUACCUAAACUCUUGACUUAUUUUGUCUUAGACUAUCUCUGUCAAGUCAUGUAUGAUCGAGGAGGUUUGGACUUGUUCUAGAUGUUAGUGCAGUAGCCUUGUUUUACAGAAUACGGAUGUUUUUUGAUAGUGCCAUCUAUCCGAGUAGUGUUGCCUCCUACGCUAUUUAUGCCGUUAAAUAGUUGAUCAGCUGUAUUUGUUUAUCAAUGUUUCUGCUCUUCAAUGGCAAUGCAGACUUCAUUUUCCUUUUGA